AUGGAUUCAUAUGCUAAGAGAAGACUUGAGUUGAAUGAUUAUGCUGGAAUUUCGUUAAAUAAAAGUUUUCACUCAUUAGUUGCUGAAGAGAAAGGUUAUGACAAUUUGCCUUUUGGCGAGAUACGUUGUAGAUCUUACAUCGCAAAAUUUGCUUUCACGAGAAGAUACAGAAACAUAUGUAUGGUUAUUCAAGUCAUGGUUAGAAUGCAUGAAUGGACGGACACCAAAAGCAAUAAUAACAUAUCAAUUUCGAUCAAUGCAAGGAGCUGUGGCACAGACACUCAAAAGUUUGAAGAUGGGUGGUGCAAGCUGGUUGAAAAGCAUGUGUUGAAAAUAUUGUUUGAGAAGGAUGUUAAAGAAAUCCAUCCACAUUAUAUUUUGUAUCGGUGGAGGAAAGAUGUGAAGCAUAGACACUACUCAAUGAUAAAUUGUUAUAAAGAUUUGAUGAGUGGUGAAAAUGCUAAACAAUUUGACCAUUUGUGUUCCAAUUUUUACGAGGCUGCACAUAUUGCUAAUUCCGACGAAAAGUAUGAAUACUUGCUAAGUUGUGUAAAUAUGGCUAAAGAAAAGUUGAAUGAUGAUUCAGUUUGGGGUUAUAGUAGUAACAUCAAUUUGGUAGUUGAAGAUGUUCAUAUUUCAGACUCGACUACAAAAUUGUUAUCACCCUUGCAAGUGCGUAGUAAAGGCCAUCCACCAUACAAGAGAAAGGAAUCUAGAGUAGAACAAGUUAUGAAGAAGAAAACAAAGAAAAAUGUACAUGAAAAAACAGACAACAUACAACAAGAUCAAACAGAUUCAAGUCGUGAGCAUGGAACAAAUUCCUAUAAUGAUGAGCCGAAGUUUGAUCUUAAUGUAUCGAUUUGAAUGAUAAAGACCGAGGAGUAUGUGAAAAUAGUAUAAAAUAGUUUUUUUUGAAAAAAGAUUAAUUUUUAGUUUCAUUUAUUUUGCGUUUAAUGAUUUUGAAAGAACC